CUCACCCUCUAUCUGUCCUGCUGUCUCUUCGUCUCAUUUCAUGUCCGUUGCUUUCUGUUUUUGUCUUGUACUUCAGCUUUCUUCUUCACUUGUGUUGGAUUUUUCUUCAUUUUUAUCUUAAGCUAUUUUUUCUUCUGUCUGGUUUUGUGGCUAGUUCGGUCUCACCUUCGCUUCUGGUUUGACAACAUUGCAAGCUGUAUUUUACUUUGUCACUCUCCAUGUCCUCUGGUUUCACUGUGCCAGUUCUGCUUUGUUGUUGUAUCGUCCUGUCCUUUGUGCUUUUUCUCUCCUGGUGAUCUAGUUUUCGUGCUUUUGCUUCACCUGCUUCUCUCCUUUUCCUUACAACCCCCCCCCCCCCUCCAUCCUCUUCUAAUCAAGCUCUUCUCAUCUCCGAGUAGCUCUGCACUUCUGCAGAAUGGGAAAGACAGAGCUGUGCUCUCUCUAUAAGGGUUUUCUGGACUGUAUUUGCCUCUGCCUCUCUCGAAGCAGCAGUGAGGCUGUAGGCGACAAUGAGAGGGACACUGAGAAUGGCCACCUGAUCUACACAAGUGGGGACGUCCUCGAAGACAGAUAUGAGAUAAUCGACACUUUAGGUGAGGGAACCUUUGGGAAGGUGGUGCAAUGUUCCGACCACAGCAGAGGAGGAAGUCAAAUUGCUCUGAAGAUCAUUAAGAACAUGGAGAAAUACAGGGAAGCUGCCAAACUGGAAAUCAAUGUUCUGGAGAAGAUCAACGAGAGAGAUCCAGAAAACAGACAUCACUGUGUGCAGAUGCUGGACUGGUUUAACUACUACGGCCAUGUGUGCAUCUCCUUUGAGCUGCUGUCCCUCAGCACCUUUGACUUCCUGAAAGCAAACAACUUCCUGCCUUAUCCCAUUAACCAAAUCCGACACAUGGCCCACCAGAUCUGCCACGCUGUCAGCUUUCUCCAUGACAACAAGCUGACUCACACCGACCUGAAGCCUGAGAACAUCCUUUUUGUGAUAUCUGACUACUCUCUCAUAUACAAUGCUGAGAAGAAGUGCAAUGAGCGGAGAAUAAACGACACCACAGUGCGGCUUGUCGACUUUGGCAGCGCCACCUUUGACCACGAACACCACUCUGUCGUCAUCUCUACGCGUCACUACCGAGCUCCAGAGGUCAUUCUGGAGUUGGGUUGGAGUCACCCAUGUGAUGUGUGGAGUAUCGGCUGCAUCCUGUUUGAAUACUAUGCAGGCUUCACACUGUACCAGACUCAUGACAAUCGGGAGCAUCUUGCUAUGAUGGAGAGCAUACAGGGACCAAUUCCUCAGAGAAUGAUCCAAAGUAGCAGAAAGCAGAAGUAUUUCCACCGUGGUCGUCUCGACUGGAAUGAGUACUCCAAGGCCGGACGCUACGUGAAAGCCAAGUCCAAACCAUUGAGGAAGAACUUGUUAUCACAUGGGACAGAACACCACCAGUUGUUUUACCUCUUGGAGAGGAUGAUGGACUACGAGCCCUCAAAUCGCAUAUGUCUUUCCUCUGCCCUGUGUCACCCCUUCUUCCUGCCUCUUCAUCAUCCAGGAAGGAGUCAUGUCUGGAGGAACAGCUUUGAAAUGAGCAGAUGACCCGGAACAGACACUUGACCCUCUGCGGACCAUACCAGUGUGUUUACAACUUUUAGUUUCUCAACGACAAAUCAUAUAUAUUUUGUAUUUUAUUUCAAUCAGGAGGGCUUAAAGGCACAAUGAUUGUAAAUACAACAUUCAAAGUAGCCCCCUCCUUCUCUCCUCCCCGGCUCAACGAGGGUUAAGGUGCUCACCAGCAGGUCAAAGCCAGCCCCAGAUUCACUCUCGUUUUGAAACAAGCUUUGUCCGCUUGACGUUUCGCCUCGCUAUAUUUACGUUUUUCCCGGUGCUGUGUUCCUAAUUUUCACCAGCUUCCUCUUAGAUGCAUGCUUACAAUCUAGCACUUGGUCACUACAUUUUUAUAGAUGUUGUCCUGAACACAGCCAAAUGAAAAGAAAGAGACCCUGCAGACACCACAGCACCCUUCUAGUGCGUCAUAAGUGAUGAUUAAGAGUAUAAACCAAAUGAUGCCUUGAACAGUGGAAAUAUUAAUUUCUUUAAUACAGCAGCUGUGGUUUCAAAAAGUGUUGGCUGGUAAUGUAAAUAUACAUGAAUGGAAGUAAAUGGGCUAAAAUGACCACAGGGUAUUAUCUUUAAACGAUUGCACAUCAUGCAAGUAGAUCGAGUCUGCUUCAAACUUUAAAAAUACAAUAAAAUUGUAUCUCUAAAAUGUUGAGGAUAUAGAGACAAAAGCUUAAAGUAAAUGUAUAUUUUUUUUGUUUUAUUCUCGGAGUCACUUUAUAACAAUAAUUUGUGUGAUUUUUGUAAUAAAUUUUGUAUU